ACAAGGUAUUAUCCCGGAUCUACGCCGAGGACGGUGAUUCUCAAAUAUCGUAGAACAGAAUGGGAUACGAUGAGAUAGAAUGCAAUAGAAGGAACGGAACGGGUUACCUACUCCUAACGGUCAAAGCGAGCCCUUUAAUUCAAUUCUUCAUUCUUUAAUUAGGAAUUAAUCAAAUCUCCCCAAGUAGGAUUCGAACCUACGACCAGUCAGUUAACAGCCAACCGCUCUACCACUGAGCUACUGAGGAACAACGGGAGAUUCGACCUCAUAGAGUUCAACUCCCGUUCUCAACCCAUGAACAAUAUGAGUCCGAAGCUUCCUUCGUAACUCUCGGAACUUCUUCGUAGUGGCUCCGUUCCAUGCCUCAUUUCAUAGGGAACCUCAAAGUGGCUCUAUUUCAUUAUAUUCCAUCUAUAUUCCAAUUCCAUUCAUUUAAUAUCCCUUUGGUGUCAGUGACAUAACAUAAGAGAUGUCAUUUAUAGUCUAUCUCUUUCUAUAUAUGGAAAGUUAAGAAAUCAUCAUAUAAUAAUCGAGAAAUUGCAAUAGAAAAGAAAAAGGGGAGGUUUGUGAUGAUUUUGAAAUCUUUUCUACUAGGUAAUCUAUUAUUCUUAUGCAUAAAGAUAAGAAAUUCGGUCGUUGUGGUCGGACUCUAUUAUGGAUUUCUGACCACAUUCUCCAUAGGGCCCUCUUAUCUCUUCCUUCUCCGAGCUCGGGUUAUGGAAGAAGGAACCGAGAAGGAGGUAUCAGCAACAACUGGUUUUAUUACGGGACAGCUCAUGAUGUUCAUAUCGAUCUAUUAUGCGCCUCUGCAUCUAGCAUUGGGUAGACCUCAUACAAUAACUGUCCUAGUUCUACCAUAUCUUUUUUUUUUUUUAAUUUCUUCUGGAACAAAAAAAAACUUUUUAGAUUAUGGAUCAACUACCAGAAAAAAAAUGCGUAAUCUCAGCAUUCAAUGUGUAUUCUUGAAUAAUCUCAUUUGAAAAUUAUUCAACCAUUUCAUUUUACCAAGUUCAACGUUAGCCAGAUUAGUCAACAUUUAUAUGUUUCGAUGCAACAACAAGAUGUUAUUUGUAACAAGUAGUUUUGUUGGUUGGUUAAUUGGUCACUUUUUAUUCAUGAAAUGGCUUGGAUUGGUAUUUAUUAUUCUGGAUCCGGACAAAAUAGAUGAAACGGAAGAGAUCCGAGCAAAUGGAAAGGAAAAAACAAAGGACUUUCACUUUAUAGAGACAUGCUAGAAAGAUAGCCCUGGUUACGAUCUUAUCUCCCUAAUUGGCAAUUGGGAAGACUUAAAGAAGAUAAAAAAGAAAAGACUUAAGAGUUCCGUGCAGCGAGCCACUCCCCGAGGCCAAGGACGGGGUCGAACCGUCAUUCCAGGAUUUGCAGUCCGAUACAUUUCCAUUAUGUUACCUAGCCAAACCCGCCACCUCAUGUGCCAAAGUAAAACGGUUGUUCUUCCUUCCCCGCUCCCUCUUUUUCUACAUAUGCGGUGGCGGGCUCCGCGCUCUAUAUGACCGGCGGCGGGUUACCAGAGAAGAGAAGAGGGGACAACUUCUUUCUCCCUUGUCUUGCUCAAUCUUCCUUUUCUGAUUGAAAGUUGCAAGCCACUCCACUACUGGUACAGAGGCCAGAUAGAAGGUGGCUUCUUCUAGAUGUAUGUUCAGGCGAAGAACAGAUAGAAGCUAGCUCUUGUUUUGGUUGCAACCAUGCCCAUAUAAUAUAAUUUAGCUGACCAAAGUAAAGUGGUCUUACAAAAGAGAAAAUUAGAGGAUAGUAAGUAAGCUUAGAGUUCCGUUCCAAGUGACAUGCCUUUUCACUAUUUCCAGAGAAAGGUUGCUCAUCCAGUCCUGCAGAUCAAUUGUUUAUGCGGCAGUGCGAUGCGCUCGAAAAUCUAUCUUUCGCCUCUCCUCCUUUCCUUGUCUCCAUUCUUCUUGAUUUGCUUCUUCGCGCAAGCGCUUGGUUCACCCCUUGUUGCAUUUCGUGAUCCUCCGCUUCAGGAUGCCCGCCUUUUUCAGAUAGCCGGGAUCCGACGUUGAUUUCCGAUUUCAAUGUCAGCUCCAGGUUUUGGGCGGCCCAUCUGGUUAGUUUAGCUAUCACUGCUGGAAGCCCCUGCGGUUGUUCGGCUGCGUAUCUCAAACUAACCCUACCUAUUUCAUUUUCCUUUCCUGUAUCUUUCUAUCUAUAGGUCGGCUUCGUGCAGAUAGAUGUUCGCCGUGGGAGAUGGAUGCUCCUUUAGGUAUGCCUUUCCCGGUUGCUUCUUCCCUUAUCUGUCUUUUCCAUCCAGUGCCCGCACUGCGUCAGAAAAUCUUCGUCUUCGAUGCAACGCAAUAAAGAAGUCUAACUCUUUCUCUCGGCUCAUGCGGUCAUUGAUUCAGUCAGGGGGUCAUAGUUCACUAGAAAGCCUACGCCCGUCCAUUCCUUGAAAGCUUGAUCACGCCC